CGGUAUCCUCUGGGCAUGUCAGGAGGCCAGAUCCAGGACGAGGACAUCUCCGCCUCCAGCCAGUGGUCCGAAUCCACCGCUGCUAGAUACGGCAGAUUGGACUGCGAGGAGGGCGACGGCGCCUGGUGUCCGGAGAUAACCGUGGAGCCGGACAGCCUGAAGGAGUUCCUCCAGAUCGACCUGCGCUCGCUGCACUUCAUCACCCUGGUGGGCACCCAGGGGCGUCACGCGGGAGGCAUGGGGAACGAGUUCUCCCAGAUGUACAAGAUCAAGUACAGCCGCGACGGGAGCCGCUGGAUCUCGUGGAGAAACAGGCAGGGCAAGCAGGUGAUUGAAGGAAACAGGAACGCCUACGACAUCGUACUGAAGGACCUGGAGCCGCCCAUCAUCGCCCGCUACGUCCGCUUCAUGCCCGUCACCGACCACUCCAUGAACGUCUGCAUGAGAGUGGAGAUCUACGGCUGUGAAUGGCUGGAUGGUCUUGUGUCGUACAACGCUCCAAUAGGAGAACAGAUGAGCCUACCUCCUUACCCUUCUUAUCUCAACGACUCUGUCUAUGACGGUGCUGUCAUCCACAGUAUGACAGAGGGCCUGGGUCAGCUGACUGAUGGCGUAUGCGGCCUGGAUGACUUUACACACAGUCACGUCUACAACGUGUGGCCCGGCUACGACUACGUGGGUUGGACCAAUCCAAACCGAACAGUUGGAUAUGUUGAAAUCAUGUUUGAGUUUGACCGCAUACGCAACUUCACCACCAUGAAGGUCCACUGCAACAACAUGUACUCGCGGCACGUCAAGGCCUUCCGCCAGGUGGUGUGUUACUUCCGCUCUGAGGCGGACUGGGAGGCCACGCCGCUGGCCUUCACCCCCACGGAGGACGAGAAGAAUCCCAGCUCCCGCUUCGUCACCGUCAACCUGGCCAAUCAGAUGGCCAGCGCCAUCAAGUGCCAGUUCUACUUUGCUGACGCCUGGAUGUUGUUCAGCGAGAUCACCUUCCAGUCAGAUACAGCCAUGUACAACACAACACUGGCUCCACCCAAGACAGGACUGCCACCUAACAUACAACCAGAGGACGACCCCACCCACAAAGUAGACGACAGCAACACCCGCAUUCUGAUUGGUUGUUUGGUGGCCAUCAUCUUCAUCCUGGUGGUCAUCAUUGUCAUCAUCCUGUGGAGGCAGGUGUGGCAGAAGAUGCUGGAGAAGGCCUCUCGCCGGAUGCUGGACGAUGAACUAACUGCUAGUUUGUCAAUACAGAGUGAGACGUUCGCUUACAACCACAACCAGUCGAGCACAACCAGCGAGCAGGAGUCUAACUCCACCUACGAGCGCAUCUUCCCCCUCGGCCCAGACUACCAGGAGCCUUCGCGCAUCAUAUGUAAGCUGCCGGAGUUUGCUCAGAGUUUAGAGGAGCCUGGUAGCACAUCAGCUUCUAAAUCCACCGCAAGCACCGCCGUCCAAGAUGGCGCCCCUCACUACGCAGAGGCGGAUAUUGUGAAUUUGCAAGGCGUGACCGGAAGCAACACGUACGCCAUCCCCGCGCUGGCUAUGGACCUGUUGUCAGGGAAGGAGGUCGCCGUGGAGGAGUUCCCACGGAAACUGCUCACCUUCAAGGAGAAGCUGGGAGAGGGCCAGUUUGGAGAGGUGCACCUGUGUGAAGCAGAGGGAAUGCAGGAGUUCAUGAACAAGGAGUUUUUAUUCGACAUCCCCGUGGACCAGCCAGUUUUAGUGGCUGUGAAGAUGCUCCGUUCAGACGCCGACAAAAAUGCAAGGAAUGACUUCCUGAAAGAGAUAAAGAUCAUGUCACGUUUGAAGGACCCCAACAUCAUUCGCCUGCUGGCCGUAUGCAUCUACAGCGACCCUCUCUGCAUGAUCACAGAGUACAUGGAGAACGGAGAUCUCAACCAGUUCCUGUCCCGCCAUGAGCCAGAGGGACAGCUCGCUCUGCUCAGCAAUGCUCCUACAGUCAGCUUCAACAAUCUGUGCUACAUGGCGGCUCAGAUUGCGUCGGGGAUGAAGUACCUCUCCUCUCUGAACUUUGUUCAUCGAGACUUGGCCACGCGGAAUUGCCUGGUGGGCAAGAACUACACGAUAAAGAUAGCUGACUUUGGCAUGAGCAGAAACCUGUACAGUGGUGACUACUACCGCAUCCAGGGCAGAGCGGUGCUGCCUAUACGCUGGAUGUCAUGGGAGAGCAUCCUGCUGGGUAAGUUCACCACAGCUAGUGAUGUGUGGGCCUUUGGGGUCACCCUGUGGGAGAUCCUCAACUUCUGCAAGGAGCAGCCCUACUCCCAGCUCACUGAUGAGCAGGUGAUAGAAAACACCGGGGAGUUUUUCAGGGACCAGAAAAGACAGAUCUACCUGCCUCAGCCUGUUCUGUGUCCGGACUCGCUCUACAAGAUCAUGCUGAGCUGCUGGAGGAGGAACACAAAGGAGCGGCCCUCCUUCCAGGAAAUACACCGGGCCCUCCUGGAAAUGCAGCCGUGAGCCGGGGCAAGGUUUAAGACAGUGUUUACCAGACUGUUCAUCUCUGGAAGAAAAAUGGUGCAAAGACAAGAGUAGACCAUGAUUCAGACUUGAUCCAGGUUUAAGCUUUCUUGUUUCAGGAGAGGAACAGGAUGAGAACCACCUGUGGGCUCCAUUUUGGAGACACUGAUUCAUGGACUGACACUCUGCAAAGACAGAUUACCAGAGACUUUUGGUGUCAGUUUGAGCUCAAUUGGCUCAAUCAAGUAUUAUUAGAAAA